UGAAUGAACAUCUUCCUUUCACUAGUAGAAAAAAAUGAAAUAGGCACUGCAAAAUGGUGCGAAAAAAAAUAGGCGGGAUAGAGGGGAAGAUUUUUCGCACCGGUUCUAACCAAACCGGUGCGAAAAUAAGUUAAUCGCAUCGGUUCGGUUCAAACCGGUGCGAAAGCUAUUGUAAAAAAAAAACCCGGCCAUUUUUAUCUUCUUUCUUACUCUUUCUGUCUUCUUUCUGUCUCUUUCCUCGAUCUCUCCUCCUCUCAACAAUGGAAACCCUAAAUUCCUUCUCUCUCCUUCGAUCUCCUUCUCUUUCCUCAAACUGAAAAAAAAAACCCUAAUGCUCCUUUGCUUUGCAAUCAGCUGUUGUCACUCUUAUUCCCCACAGAGAGCCUCUCAUCUUCUUCUAGCCCACCAUAGAAGCGUGCACUCUACAUUCACCAUUGACGUUUCCUCGCGUCCUCCUCCUUAGCCAGUUCGAUUCUUCUAUAAUCGAUUAUUAAACACUAUAGGUUAUAAUUGAAGCUGAUGAUGCUAGUUUUGGCUGGAAACCGAAAAGGCGGCUUAUCUGCUCAGGCAGUAUUUCUUCAAUAAUCUCCAUGAUCGGCUCAGUACAAGGCCUUUUCUUAGCCUAAUUGAGAAGAAAUGGCUUGCUUUUCAGCUUAUGUGUGCAUUGAAGUAGAGUCACGAGCAUGAUAUUUGUCAUGGUGAUACUAAGUGUGAGAAUGUGUUGGUUACUUCUUGGAAUUGGGUUUACCUGGUUGACUUUGCAUCUUUUAAACCAACCUAUAUUCCUGAUGACGAUCCAUCUGAUUUCUCAUUUUUCUUUGAUAUUGGGGGAAGAAGGCUCUGUAAUCUCGCACCUGAGAGAUUUUAUGAGCAUGGAGAUGAUAUGCCAGUCGCGCCUGAUGCACCGCUUAAGCUAUCUAUGGACAUCUUUGCAGUAGGUUGUGUGAUAGCAGAGCUUUUCCUUGAGGGCCAUCCACUAUUUGAACUUUCGGAGCUGCUUGCUUACCAGAGAGGGCAAUAUGAUCCUAGUCAGCAUCUUGAGAAGAUCCCUGAUCCAGGAGUACGGAAGCUGAUUCUUCGCAUGAUCCAGUUGAAUCCAGAUGAACGAUUAUCUGCUGAAGGCUUUGCAAAACCAGGCCAACAACCAAUUAGCAGCAUCACAGUAGCUGAAAGAGCAGGCAACAGAACAGCAGCUACAGAGCCAGCAGCUGACUGAGCGGCUAAUAGAGCAGACAACAAAACAACAGUAGCAAAAGUUAUAACAACAGCAAGCAGAAGCAGAGCAAGCAGAAGCAGAGCAACAGUAGCAGUGCAGAAGCAGGACAACAGUAGCAGUGCAGACAGAAGACACACAGCAGCCAGAACACCUUGCAACACACUGCAUGCAACAGAACAGGCAGGCAGAAGCAGAGACAAGCUAGCAGCAUGCAGCACAGAAAUCAGCAGCCUAAACCAGCACACACCAGCCGGAGCCAAAACAGCCAAAAACAGAAAAAUAUGAAAAUAUGUAACUUUAUAUAUAUAUGUUAGUGUUUCUAUAAC